AUGGACGGCCAGCAAUACCACCAGAGUGUCUUUCGCGCCCAGCCCACCGAUGGCACGCAGCGCAAGAUCCAGAAGCGCAACAGACCGCCCGUCUCGUGUCUGUUGUGCAGAACUCGCAAGGUAAAAUGUGACCGCCAACAACCGUGUGAGAGAUGUGUAAAGAGCGGCGAGGCCGCCUUUUGCGAGUAUGCUCCGCGAGCCGCUCGCAAGCCUAGGUCCGAAGGCCGCCCGUCAUCUGACAAUCGCCCCAAGCAUGAGGCCAUGUCCCGGCCGGCACUUCAAGUCCGGCUACAAAAGCUCGAGGAGAUGGUCAGCGGGAUGGUGGCGCACAACACUCAGUUGCGCGAGAAUCCUCUCGACACGCCAUCGAGCACGGAUCAGCGGACAGAUGCCGAGUCGCGUUCCGACCUCAGCACGCCGCCCAGUAUUAUUGGUGCCAAUCAUACUGGUAUUCUCACCACUCAAUCUGAACAUACCUUUGUCGGCCCAACGCACUGGUCCUCCAUUCUUGAGAGUAUAAGUGAUAUCCGUAGUCUCAUAGAGGCCGAAACCGACGAGACGCUUAGUCCAUCGCCGCCUGCCUCGCAUUCACAUGAAAUCGACGUCAUGUUCGGCCCUCAGCCAGGCAUAACAAUAGAGCAAGCCGUCGCCCGAUUACCGCCCAAGAAUAAGAUGGACCAGCUUGUCUUGAUGUAUUUUCGACAUCGCUUCACUGCGGCGCCGUACAUACACACCUCCAAGUUCCAAAGAGAGUAUGAUGGCUUCUGGACGGACCCGUCGUCUGUUAGUCUUCUAUGGAUCAGCGUAUUAUCCUCGAUCCUAUGGUCAGCAGCUUCACUAUCAAGGAUGAAGGGCGAAGAUUUGAGCAAAGAUUGUGAAGCUGUUCAUGAAGACAACCUUGCCAAGCUUGCCGUGGAAUGCUUGGUAGCGGGUGAUUACCUGGCCGCCAAACCAUACUCAAUCGAGGCGCUGCUUCUUCACGCAUUUACGGACCUUCAGAAGAACAGGGAAUGCCCAUCACAAUUGUGGGCCAAGUUUGGGCUGCUUGUUCGUCUGGCACAGCGAAUGGGCUACCACCGGGACCCGAAAUACCUCCCCAAUAUCUCACCGUUUGAGGGAGAACUGCGCCGCAGAGCGUGGUUCUUUAUCGAAGUCUUCGACUGCAUCUUUUCGUUCCAACUAGGGAUGCCACCUAGUAUCAGAGAAGAUGAAUGCGAUACCGAGUCACCCGGCAAUCUCUACGAUCUUGACUUUGAUGAGAAUUGUAUAAUGCUGCCGCCCCCUCGACCACCAACGGAGCCGACCUCGACCCUGUACCUCUGCAUCAAAUCGAAAUUGUGUCGAAAACUGCGCCGUGUGAUCAAGAUUUCCAUGUCGAUCACACCAACUCCUCAUGACGAAGUUAUGAGACUACACGAUGAAAUUGAGCGGUACCACGACUACAUCCCGCAACCGCUCAAAAUUCGGCCGAUUCGAUCCUACAGCUUUACCGACCAUACGCAUGAUAUUGUUCAUCGGCUCACUCUAGAGAUGAUGUAUCUGAAAAGCUUGUGCGUCUUACAUCGCAAGUAUCUCAACAGCGAGAAAGACGACCACAGGUACGAUAUAUCAAGACGGACAUCCGUAAAUGCUGCCAUUCGCAUCUUGGACCUGCACGCGGAAUAUGAAGAAGAGUGCCGACCAGGUGGCCGACUAUACGAGGAUCGGUACAUGCUGGCCAGCCUUAGCCUGCAUGAUUUCCUCAUCGCUUCCAUGAUUAUCUGCCUUGAUCUCUCAGAAAAUGCCCCUUCCAGUCAGGAAGACCGGGCCAGGAAACUGAGAGCCCUGGGCACCUCGUACAAGAUUUGGUCGGAGAAUAAGACCGUAUCCAGAGAGGCAGCUCACGCCACCAGGGUUGUCGGUGCCAUACUGCGCAAGGUUUCGAUGCAGGAACCCCCCAGAACGCCUUUACCACCUCCCCAACCGGAGGUCAGGGGCGGCUCCCUGCAUGUGUCUAGUCUGUUGAACAACGAUAACCAAUUGCCACCAUUGUCUGCCCUGGCGCCGACAGAUCAGUCCCAAUUGGCAAACGUGAUGGACCUUUCCCUUGACUUUUUGGAUGCAGUACCACUGGACAAUGUGCUCAGUGACAUUGGCCAGUAUGAUUGGACCAUGAUCGAUCAAUAUCUGCUUGACAAACAAGAAUGA